AACGCCCGUCCCUAUUUCUUGACAGCAAUUCAAGAGAGAAUCUCAGGUGGCCUGCAAAACUCACAAGAGAGCAGAAUAUCCUCCCCAAGGCAGAGAAGCCACACGCUCUCUCUGGAGGAGGUGGAGUGGCCACCGAUCACCCUGCAGCCCCUCCCCACUCCCAGCCAGAAACCCCAGUCCCUCGGAACCAAAUUGUUUUCCACUGGCAACAACCUUCCUUCCUGGAAAAUCGUUUCCCCUGCCGAAAUGGAGAACAAGCACGAAACAAGCAAACACAACUCAAAACACAAACACAAGGAAGCAAUCCGAGCAAGCUCUAGCUCCUCAUAGCUCAUCGAUGCCCCCACUGGCGUGCUACUGAAAACAGCGGCUGCACCCAUUAAACUCAUUCAUUACUGGAGAACGAGACAGACCUCAGCAGAUCCCUGCUCCCACUGCGACACACCCGCUCCAAAAGACAGAAAGGAAACAACCCCCACACAACACAUAAACCUGCCCCAGAAUAGAAUUCAGCAUCAACCUAAGGAUCCUGCUGUAACAUUGCUACACUGACCCAGGACAGCUCAAUUCUCUUCCCACCUAUUUACAAAACAAUCCUCAUUCUGGGAGCUCCGGAAGCAUGGCCAGUAUUGCACUAGGAUCCUCUUCGUGAGGUAGCCGGAAGUCUGGAAACACAGCAAAUUUACCUAUUUCUCUACACAACACGGAGGGUAAUUCUCAGAAAAGGCUUAACACCCGAAUCCUCAUACUUCAAAUGGUUGUGUUUUCCCCAUUCGGACUGAAAGGUGAGAGUGGAACUCGGCUGCCCAAACCGUGGCGCCGAUAUCAGCUGCAGGCCAGAGCAAGCCUUUCCGAGGAGAUUUUAAACAACCGGUGGGAGCAAGAUCCUGAAGCAUUUCUUCCAAGAUUGGCAGCAGGAGACGAAACCUGGCUCUACCCGGCAGGAUCCUGAAGACCAAGCACGAAGCCGUGGCUAGCAAGAGGUGGCAGUGCUCCAGCCGAAGCCACAGAGGAGCAGUCAAGAGCGGAGGUCAUGGCCACCGUUUGGGGGGGGAUGCCAGAGGGAUUCUCCUCGUUGGCUUUCUGGAGGGCCAAACCCUGAUCACAUCUGCUCACUGGCAGAGCCUUUUCAGAGAGUUAGCCAAAGCUGGAGCGGAGAAGGUCCCCACCAGAGAGUUCUUCUCCACCACGACAACGUUCCUGCUCAUGCCUUUCUUCCAACGAGGGCAGCUGGGCAAGACUUGCCAUGGGAAAUCACGAGGCGUCCACCUUACCGUCCUGAUUUGGCGCCUGCUGACUUCUUUUCGUUUCCUUGUCUUAGAAAACCUGUAAAGGGCACCCAGUUUUCUUCAGUUAACAACGGAAGAAAGAUUGCAUGGAAACAGUUACAUUCCCAGGACCCUGGGGGGCUUUAGGGAUGGGCUGGACGGCGGGGAGGAGACACUGCUUCCAGAAGGGUCUCGAAGUUGAUGGAGACGGGGUCGAGAAGUAAAAUACACCUUUUUCAUUUUUCUCCCUUAAUCCCACUUUUCUACGAAUGUUUCCAAGUCCCCUCACACGACGGCAAUCCCAGGUAAAGAGUUGUCCUCCUCUGUUGGUUCUCCUUCCUACGAUUUUGUCUUGCGGUGUUGUUAUUUUCGCUUUUACUCCCAAGGGGAUUCUGUCUGUGUCUUUGGGAAUCCACAGAUGCGGGGGCUGGGAACAAGGAGGGCCAACGGUAGAACUCAGUGGGGUGUGUCCAGGCUGCAAUUAACCUAAUGAACCUGCCGGGCACAGCAGUCCACCUGGCGUGGACCGUCCCGAUUGGCUGCGUUGGGCUGACGGAAUGAAUUCGUAUUGGGGCGGGGCUGCCCAAGGCCCAAGGGGGUCAGGGCUUGAGUCCUGGGUGGGCCCGGGGCUGGCUAUAUAAGGCCGGGCUCUGGCAGCCCAGCUGCAUUCCGCCUCGGACGGCGCAGCGCAGAGGUCACUCCAGGCUGCGGCUCCACAUCCCGAGGGACAGAAGCGGGCCUGCUCAGCUGUCUGCAAGGACCGGCGUUCCAGACCAAGUGGCCCGCUGCUCCGAGGACCCAGCUCGCUCCAGGUUGUGGGGACUCCACGCCCCGAGGCCUGCGGUCCGCGAGGACCAGCGCCCCGGAACCAGUGGCCCACUGCUCCGAGGACCGAGCUCGCGCCAGGCUGUGACUCCACAUCCCGAGGUCGCUGCCUGGCGACCGGGCAGCGAGGACCGGCCACCCCAGACUUCGUGUCCCGCCGCCCCGAGGACAGAGCCGCGAACGCGAGGACAGCGACGCCUGCACAGCUCUGCUGAGAUGGCGGCAGGCUCCACUACGCUGCGCGCAGUGCAGAAGCUGCAGGUGCGUCUGGCCACGAAGACGAACCCAAAAAAGCUGGAGAAAUAUUUGCAGAAACUCUCCGCCCUGCCCAUGACGGCAGACAUCCUGGCGGAGACUGGAAUCAGAAAGACGGUGAAGCGCCUGCGGAAGCACCAGCACGUGGGCGACUUUGCCAGAGACUUAGCGGCCCGGUGGAAGAAGCUGGUGCUUGUGGACCGAAACACCGGGCCUGACCCACAGGACGCUGAGGACAGCGCUUCCCGACAGCGCCUCGGGGAGGCUCUCCAGGACCAGGAAAAGGCCUGGGGCUUCCCAGAAAACGCGACGGCCCCCAGGAGCCCAUCUCACAGCCCUCAGCACGGACGGACAGCACGCAGAACACCUCCGGGACAACAGAGACCUCACCCGAGGUCUCCCAGUCGCGAGCCCAGAGCCGAGAGAAAGCGCCCCAGAACGGCCCCAGCUGAUUCCGGCCCCCGUCGGGACCCUCCAACGCGCACCGCUCCCCUCCCGACGCCCGAGGGCCCUGAGCCCGCUGUGCCCGGGAAGCAACCCGGAAGAGGCCACGCUCACGCCGCUCAGGGCGGGCCUCUGCCGGGUCCGGGCUGCCAGGGCCAACCUCAGGGGGAAGCGGUGGCGAGCCACAGCAAGGGGCGCAAAUCGUCCCGCUGGGCUUCGGCUCACAAAUCGCCUCCUGUCCAGGAAAGCCAGUCAGAGAGGCUGCAGGCGGCCGGCGCUGAUUCCGCCGGGCCGAAAACGGUGCCCAGCCUUCUCUUCGCAGAGCUCUGGGACCCCUCAGCGGCCUGGAUGCAGGCCAACUACGAUCUGCUGUCCGCUUUUGAGGCCAUGACCUCCCAGGCAGAGCCAGAAGCACUCUCCGCGCCAACGUUCCAGGAGGAAGCCGCUUUCCCUGGACGCAGAGUGAAUGCUAGGCUGCAGGUGUACUCGGGCUCCAGGCCUGCCUGCCAGCUCCAGGUGCUGACGCUGCGCCAGCAGUGCCUCCCGGUGCUUAGAAACAAUCCGGACGCCCUCGGCGACGUGGGAGGGGUCGCCUACUCGGUUCUUGAACCCGUUCCGGAAGGGUGGACGCCUGAUCAGCUGUAUCGCACAGAGAAAGACAACCACGCACUCGCUCGAGAGACAGAUGAAUUAUGGAGGAUUCAUUGUCUCCAGGACUUCAAGGGAGAAAAGCCGCGGGAGCACGAGUCUUGGCGGGAGCUGUACCUGCGGCUUCGCGACGCCCGAGAGCAGCGGCUGCGAGUAGUGACCACGAAAAUCCGAUCUGCACUUGAAAACAAACCCAGCGGCCGACAGACAAAGAUGAUCUGUUUCAACUCUGUGGCCAAGACGCCUUAUGAUGCUUCCAGGAGGGAAGAGAAGUCUGCAGGAGCCGCUGACCCCGGAAACGGGGAGAUCAAGCCAGCCCCCCAGCCCGCAGGAAGCAGCCAGGCUGCCUCCGGCCUCGGGGACGGCGGCGGCGGCGGCGGCGGCGGCGGCAGCAGCAGCAGCAGCAGCAGCAGCAGCAACGUCCUUCACGGGCCCCCUGAGAAGCGGGCCAACCCCUGCCUGAGCAGCAGCAAUGAGCACGCGGCGCCCGCGGCCAAGACCCGGAAACAGGCUGCCAAGAAAGUGGCCCCGCUGAUGGCCAAGGCAGUUCGAGACUACAAGAGAAGAUUCUCCCGACGAUAAACUCAGGACUUGCCUUACACAUAAAAUCUGGGGGGAGGAGGACCAAUGCAAAGUCAACGCGGGUUGGGGAACGAAACUUCCAAUGGACACCAGGACCCUUGGCUGGGUGCAAAGUUGAGCCUCUGAAUUCUGCAGGUGUCAAGCGCUGGCCCUGUGAUUUUUGCCUCCCACACCCGGCCACUGCCUCCCUGCUUGGAGGACACCUCAGAAUUCAGAAGAUAUUAUGAACGCGUUCGGAUCAACUCUGCUUUGGUGGUUCACCGACCGUUUUUUAAACAACGCCCUAGUUGCCAUCAUAAAUCAGGUACGAGAUGUGAGAGUCCCUUUUGCCGUUUGUUCUCUCUUCUGAAAUCAUGGAGCACACAGGGACUUCUUAGACACAAACUCUCAAUCCAUCAGUUGACACUGAUAACUCCGACUACGCAAAAUGUCUUGUUACUGUUGUUGUUUUCUUUUAGAUAAAAGGCCGGGCAUGAUCCUCUAAUCGUGAGCCAUCCUCCUCCGGGAGGCCGAGGAAAGCAGAUCGCUUGAGCCCAGGAGGUGGGGACCAGGCUGGGCCAAACGGAGAAGCCCCGUCUCCACAAAAGAUACCAAAAUUAGCCCGGCGUGGUGGCACGGCCCCUGUGGUCCCAGCUCCUUAAAGGGCUGAGGUGGCAGGAUCGCCUGAGCUGGCCAAGCGGAGGUUGCGGUGACCCUUCCUCAUUCCACUGCACUCCAGCCUGGAUGACACAACCAGAGCACACCUCAAAGAAAACUGCUGUUUGUUUGAAGAAAGGAACUCUUGGCUUUCAUACAUAAAUGCUAACAACUGGUACGUUCCUUAAGUCAAAACACUUUUACUAGAGUCAUUCCCAAUCUUUUCACCCAGAACCCCUGUGAAAGAAUGGCGACACCUUAAUCAGCUUAUUUAGGUUCUCGAUCAGGAAGUCUAAACCUGCCAACCAGAGUUUCUAAUUCCCAUGAGAUGACCGGGUUAACUACCUUGACUUCACCUCCUACCAGCUCCUGCAAGCUUUGGUGAACGUUUGCCUUCUAACUCAGGGCAUUUGUUGGCUUCACGCGGGCUGGUAGUCACAGGUCCGUGUGCCAGAUACGACACACACACAUACACACAAACAAAGACACACACACAAACGCACACACACACGCGCGCGCACACACACAAACACGCACGCGCACACACACCCCCCCCCCCCAUUAAGUAAACCUCGUUCUUAGGCGUUACCGACAGUGAGGGGUAGAGAGAGAAAUACAAAGACAUAAGCCGCAAGGCAAAACCGAGCAAGGGCAGCAGAAGAGAUCAAAGUCCUGUACCCUGGGCUGUCAGCAGCAUGGGGGCUGGGAAGCUCCUGGAAGCAGGCACCUGAGUGGAUGCCGGUGCACGUCAAAGGAGGCCUUCAAGCCUGAAGAACACGGAAGGAGCCAGAAACGGGGUGCCACAGAGAUGCUACCCUUAAGGAAGACAGAAAAGCAUCCGUUCCGGGGAAGGGGACAUAAUCCAGUCAGCGACCGCGUAAAACUCAGACAUGUCCGGGCACGGUGACUCGCGCCUGUAUUCCCGUGGCUUUGGGAGGUCGAGGCCGGCGGACCACCUGAGGUCAGGAGUUGCAGACCAGCCUGACCAACCUGAGGAUAUCCCGUCUCUUGUAAAAAGACGAAACUCGGUUGGGCUUGCUGGCGAGCGCCUGUAAUCCAAGCUACUCAGGGGGCUGAGACAGGAGAAUCGCUUGAACCCGGGAGGCGGGGUUUGCGGUGAGCCCAGAUCCCACCACUGCGCUCCAGGCUGGACAACAGAAGCCAAACUCCGUCUCAAAAUUGAAAAACAAAACCUCAGAAAACCUUCCCCAGCAAGGGCCAGAGACAACGCCCGUCCCUAUUUCUUGACAGCAAUUCAAGAGAGAAUCUCAGGUGGCCUGCAAAACUCACAAGAGAGCAGAAUAUCCUCCCCAAGGCAGAGAAGCCACACGCUCUCUCUGGAGGAGGUGGAGUGGCCACCGAUCACCCUGCAGCCCCUCCCCACUCCCAGCCAGAAACCCCAGUCCCUCGGAACCAAAUUGUUUUCCACUGGCAACAACCUUCCUUCCUGGAAAAUCGUUUCCCCUGCCGAAAUGGAGAACAAGCACGAAACAAGCAAACACAACUCAAAACACAAACACAAGGAAGCAAUCCGAGCAAGCUCUAGCUCCUCAUAGCUCAUCGAUGCCCCCACUGGCGUGCUACUGAAAACAGCGGCUGCACCCAUUAAACUCAUUCAUUACUGGAGAACGAGACAGACCUCAGCAGAUCCCUGCUCCCACUGCGACACACCCGCUCCAAAAGACAGAAAGGAAACAACCCCCACACAACACAUAAACCUGCCCCAGAAUAGAAUUCAGCAUCAACCUAAGGAUCCUGCUGUAACAUUGCUACACUGACCCAGGACAGCUCAAUUCUCUUCCCACCUAUUUACAAAACAAUCCUCAUUCUGGGAGCUCCGGAAGCAUGGCCAGUAUUGCACUAGGAUCCUCUUCGUGAGGUAGCCGGAAGUCUGGAAACACAGCAAAUUUACCUAUUUCUCUACACAACACGGAGGGUAAUUCUCAGAAAAGGCUUAACACCCGAAUCCUCAUACUUCAAAUGGUUGUGUUUUCCCCAUUCGGACUGAAAGGUGAGAGUGGAACUCGGCUGCCCAAACCGUGGCGCCGAUAUCAGCUGCAGGCCAGAGCAAGCCUUUCCGAGGAGAUUUUAAACAACCGGUGGGAGCAAGAUCCUGAAGCAUUUCUUCCAAGAUUGGCAGCAGGAGACGAAACCUGGCUCUACCCGGCAGGAUCCUGAAGACCAAGCACGAAGCCGUGGCUAGCAAGAGGUGGCAGUGCUCCAGCCGAAGCCACAGAGGAGCAGUCAAGAGCGGAGGUCAUGGCCACCGUUUGGGGGGGGAUGCCAGAGGGAUUCUCCUCGUUGGCUUUCUGGAGGGCCAAACCCUGAUCACAUCUGCUCACUGGCAGAGCCUUUUCAGAGAGUUAGCCAAAGCUGGAGCGGAGAAGGUCCCCACCAGAGAGUUCUUCUCCACCACGACAACGUUCCUGCUC